GAUGACCUAGAGCCAUGGGUCCGCCGAAAAAGUCCUCCAAAAAGGAUAAAAGUGGUUCCGGUUCGGGCAGUGCCAGUGGGUUUGUGGAGAACAAAUGGAACAAAAAGCGUCGGACGGAAGAUGAAGCGUACGCUGCGUUCGCCGACGAUGACGACAGCAAUCUGGGCGAGAGUGACUUUGUGCCGGACGCAGCGACCAAGAAUGCGGAAAAGAAUGACGAUGCGAUCCAGGAGGAUGAGUACGGUGCGAAGGACUAUCGGUCGCAGAUGGAGCUGAAGCCGGACAACGAAUCGCGGCCACUGUGGGUUGCACCGAAUGGGCACAUCUUUCUGGAAUCGUUCUCACCGGUGUACAAACAUGCGCACGACUUUCUUAUUGCCAUUUCGGAACCGGUUUGUCGUCCGGAACAUAUACACGAGUACAAGCUGACCGCGUACAGUUUGUAUGCGGCCGUAUCGGUCGGACUACAAACGCACGACAUCGUAGAGUAUUUGAAGCGUCUCAGCAAAACAACCAUUCCGGAAGGUAUCGUAGAGUUCAUACGCCUCUGUACCCUUUCGUACGGUAAGGUGAAGCUUGUACUGAAACACAACAAGUAUUUCGUGGAAAGUCCCCAUCCGGAAGUGCUACAGAAGCUGUUGAAAGACCCCGUCAUCCAGUCGUGUCGAUUGCGCCGUACUGAGGAGGAAGGUGGCGACGGUUUCAUUAAGCAAACGCUCGAGAAGGGUAAGGCGAUAACGGCCUUCGGGCAGACGAAGCUACCGGCCGGACAAACGAUGUUACCUACCGGUGCAGCCCCAACAGAUACGGAGAAAACAGCUGAAGGCUUGGAAACGGUCCCGGAAGAAGCAACCGUACCGGAAGACAUCACAAACUUCUACGACAAGAUGGACAACGAAGAGGAAGAGGAGGAAGCGAAUCUGAACACAGUUUCAUUCGAGGUGAAUCAGGAAAAGAUUGAAGUGCUGCAGAAGCGCUGCAUCGAGAUCGAAUUCCCAUUGCUGGCCGAGUACGACUUUCGUAACGAUACGAUCAACGCCGACAUUAACAUCGAUCUAAAACCGGCGGCCGUAUUACGUCCGUACCAAGAGAAAAGUCUUCGCAAAAUGUUUGGCAAUGGACGGGCCCGUUCGGGUGUGAUCGUGUUGCCGUGCGGGGCUGGUAAAUCGUUGGUCGGCGUUACCGCCUGCUGUACGGUUCGCAAGCGUGCCCUAGUCCUGUGCAACAGCGGCGUGUCGGUCGAGCAGUGGAAACAACAGUUUAAGAUGUGGUCCACCGCGGACGAUAGUAUGAUCUGUCGGUUUACGUCCGAGGCGAAGGAUAAACCGAUGGGUUGUGGGAUACUCGUGACAACGUACUCGAUGAUAACACACACCCAGAAACGGUCGUGGGAAGCGGAACAAACGAUGCGCUGGCUGCAGGAGCAGGAAUGGGGCAUUAUGGUGCUGGAUGAGGUACACACGAUACCGGCGAAAAUGUUCCGUCGCGUGCUAACGAUCGUCCAGUCACACUGUAAGCUUGGGCUAACCGCUACCCUUCUCCGAGAGGAUGAUAAGAUUGCGGAUCUAAACUUUCUGAUCGGUCCGAAGCUGUACGAAGCUAACUGGUUGGAGCUGCAGAAGCGUGGCUAUAUUGCGCGCGUCCAGUGUGCGGAGGUAUGGUGCCCGAUGGCACCGGAAUUCUACCGCGAGUAUCUUAUCGCCAAAACGUCCAAAAAGAUGCUACUGUACGUGAUGAAUCCGGCCAAAUUCCGUGCCUGUCAGUAUCUGAUCCGCUACCACGAAAAGCGAGGCGAUAAAACGAUCGUCUUCAGCGAUAACGUGUUUGCCCUAAAGCAUUACGCGAUCAAGAUGAACAAACCGUACAUUUAUGGACCAACGUCACAGAACGAGCGGAUACAGAUUUUGCAAAACUUUAAGUUCAACCCGAAGGUGAACACAAUCUUCGUGUCGAAGGUGGCCGACACUAGCUUCGAUUUGCCGGAAGCGAACGUGUUGAUUCAGAUCUCGUCGCACGGUGGUUCUCGGCGUCAGGAGGCACAGCGCUUGGGGCGUAUCUUACGUGCGAAGAAGGGUGCCAUCGCAGAAGAGUAUAAUGCGUUCUUCUAUACGCUCGUGUCGCAGGACACGCUGGAGAUGGGCUACUCGCGCAAACGGCAACGGUUUCUGGUGAAUCAGGGUUACAGCUACAAGGUGAUUACGCAUCUGGCUGGGAUGGAGAGUGAUCCGGAUCUAUUUUACAAGACGCGGGAAGAGCAGGGCCAGCUGCUGCAGCAGGUACUGUCGGCGACCGAUAUGGACUGUGAGGAUGAGCGUAUGCCGGGCGAUGGUACGGGUGUGCCGAGACCGGGCGGCUCGAAGCGGACGGGCGGGCUUAGCUCGAUGGCAGGUGCGGAUGAUGCGAUUUACUAUGAGGCGCGCAAGAAAUCGGCCCACCAGCAUCCGUUGUUCAAGAAGUUCCGAUGCUAG